UUUCAGACUAAUUUAAAACUGCUUGCCUGGGCUGGAUUCCUAUAUUGCUUAAUAUGGAGUGGAUUUGCACAGCAAGGUGGAAGUGACUGCAUAAAAGCCAAUGCAAAAUCAUGUGGUGAAUGUAUACAAGCAGGACCAAACUGUGGUUGGUGUAAAAAAAAUGACUUUUUGCAAGAAGGAGAACCAACGUCUGCCCGAUGCGAUGACUUGGCAGCAYUAAAGAGUAAAGGCUGCCCUAUAGAAGAUAUAGAAAAUCCAAGAGGUAGUAAACAGGUGCUUGAAGAUAGAGAGGUAACAAAUCGUAAGAUAGGUGCUGCAGAGAAGCUGAAACCAGAAGCCAUUACACAGAUCCAGCCACAAAAAUUAGUACUGAAGCUAAGAGUUGGGGAACCUCAAACAUUUUCAUUAAAAUUUAAGAGAGCUGAAGAUUACCCUAUAGAUCUCUAUUAUCUUAUGGACCUCUCCUAUUCCAUGAAAGAUGAUUUAGAGAAUGUGAAAAGUCUAGGAACUGCUCUGAUGUUUGAAAUGGAAAAAAUCACYUCAGACUUUCGAAUUGGCUUUGGYUCUUUUGUGGAGAAAACUGUGAUGCCCUAUAUAAGUACAACACCAGCCAAACUCAGAAACCCUUGUACAGGUGAUCAGAACUGUACAAGCCCGUUUAGCUAUAAAAAUGUCCUGAGCCUUACCAGUGAAGGAAAUAAAUUCAAUGAGCUUGUAGGCAAACAGCACAUUUCUGGUAAUUUGGAUUCCCCUGAAGGUGGCUUUGAUGCAAUAAUGCAAGUUGCAGUUUGUGGAGAACAAAUCGGAUGGAGAAAUGUUACCAGGCUGUUGGUGUUUUCCACGGAUGCUGGGUUUCACUUCGCAGGAGAUGGUAAACUGGGUGGAAUCGUUUUACCAAAUGAUGGGAAAUGUCAUCUGGAAAAUAAUGUGUACACAAUGAGCCACUAUUAUGAUUAUCCCUCUAUUGCUCACCUGGUACAGAAGCUUAGUGAGAACAAUAUUCAGACAAUUUUUGCUGUUACUGAAGAGUUCCAGGCAGUUUACAAGGAACUGAAAAAUCUAAUACCAAAAUCAGCAGUAGGAACAUUGUCUUCAAACUCCAGCAAUGUGAUUCAGCUGAUCAUAGAUGCCUACAAUUCCCUUUCUUCAGAGGUUAUCCUGGAAAACAAUAAGCUACCAAAAGGAGUGACAAUCAGUUAUAAAUCUUACUGCAAGAAUGGUGUGAACGACACACAAGAAGAUGGAAGAAAAUGUUCUAACAUUUCAAUCGGAGAUGAGGUUAAAUUUGAGAUCAGCGUAACAGCUAAUGAGUGUCCAACGAAUGGACAAAAUGAAACAAUUAAAAUUAAGCCACUGGGUUUCACCGAGGAGGUGGAGAUUAAUCUGCAGUUCGUCUGCGAAUGUCAGUGUCAGAGCGAGGGAGAGGCCAACAGUCCGGCCUGCCACGAAGGAAACGGAACGUUUGAAUGUGGCGCGUGCAGAUGUAACGAAGGGCGUAUUGGAAGACUCUGCGAAUGCAGCACAGAUGAAGUAAACAGUGAGGAUAUGGAUGCGUACUGCAGGAGGGAGAACAGUACGGAAAUCUGCAGCAACAACGGAGAGUGCAUCUGUGGCCAGUGCGUGUGCAAGAAGAGGGAGAACACCAAUGAAGUGUAUUCUGGCAAAUACUGCGAAUGCGAUAACUUCAACUGUGACCGAUCCAAUGGCUUGAUUUGUGGAGGGAAUGGUAUCUGCAAGUGCCGAGUGUGCGAGUGCUUCCCCAACUUCACCGGCAGCGCUUGCGACUGCUCCCUGGACACGCAGCCCUGUAUGGCCUCCAACGGGCAGAUCUGCAAUGGGAGAGGAACCUGCGAGUGCGGAACCUGUAACUGCACAGACCCCAAAUUCCAAGGCCCCACUUGCGAAAUGUGCCAGACUUGCCUUGGUGUGUGUGCAGAGCACAAGGACUGCGUUCAGUGCCGAGCCUUCGACAAGGGCGAGAAGAAGGAAACGUGUGCCCAGGAGUGCAUGUACUUCAACAUGACGCGGGUGGAAAGCCGGGACAAGCUGCCGCAGCCCGGGCAGCCSGACCCGCUCUCGCACUGCAAGGAGAAGGACGUCGACGACUGCUGGUUCUACUUCACCUACUCGGUCAACUCCAACGGCGAAGCCAACGUGCACGUGGUGGAGACCCCAGAAUGCCCCAGCGGCCCUGACAUCAUCCCCAUCGUAGCCGGCGUGGUCGCGGGAAUAGUCCUCAUCGGACUUGCGCUCUUGUUGAUCUGGAAGCUCCUCAUGAUCAUUCACGACCGAAGAGAGUUCGCRAAGUUCGAAAAGGAGAAGAUGAAUGCCAAGUGGGACACGGGUGAAAAUCCUAUUUACAAGAGUGCAGUGACGACCGUGGUCAAUCCUAAGUAUGAGGGAAAAUGAGCACUGCUUGUGUAACUUCACAACACUGUAUGCAGCAUAGCAAUUUUUGUAGUCACAGUAAGAUAGAUUUAGGGCAAACUGCAGUGAUUUUACUAAUUCAUUACAUAUAGGUUUGUUUUCCUGUGCAGGUUUUGAAAAUGUACCAUAUGUAAUUUUUAAUUUUUUUUUUUUUUUUUUGCAAAUAAAAAAAAUCAGUGCCAGGGUCUGACAAAAAAAGAGAAAAAACUUGAGACUGCAGCUUCGUGAGCUAAGGUCACAUGGUGCCUUUUUGAUAUUUUUUUCCUCCUAUGCUGUGAAUCGAGGUCUUCUACAGGACAUGGUACUGCUGUGACAUGUCUGGGAGGGAGCUGGUUAAAGCAAUCAGUAUGAGGGCUCUGCCUAGCCCUUUAGUGUUAAAAUUUUAAGCUUUACAGGGAAAUCAGGGCUUGAGUUUGCAGACCUAAUUAAACUCACUUAGUAGGGAGCUCAUGAAUAACUGGUCUUCUACUUGCUAGAUGUGAUUCGGUGUAUAGUAAGUUGGGAAAGUUGGAAGAGAGCAGUGUAAAUUGCUGAAAGGGGGGGCGCCUGCUUCACUUGCUUAAUGCCAGAUUACGGUCGAAUGAAAGGUGUUGGGAAGAGUUUUAAGAAAGUAAAAAACAGCUUUAAUAACCUCUGCCAUUACGGAAACAGUUGCUGACUGGCAACUUGCUUAGUUUUCCUUUGUAAAUUCAAGUCCUGGGUGGCAGUAUCAUGAAGUGCUUCACCAAGACAUCCUCAGAACACAUAAGGGCCUUAUUUCAUACCAUGUCUGUCUUCUUUAAGAGUUCCUUGGUUUAAAGCCUGGUGCUUUGGCACCAUUCUAAUCUUUUAAUGUAUGUGGUUGCAAUUCUUUGUGUAAUAUUUUUGUAUCAACACAAGCUUUUUUUUUUCCUUUUUGACAGUCUUAGCUGUAAAUUUGCCUUUACCCUGUAGCUAAGAUUGCAUAGUUUGUCAUGUGCCAUGAGUCACAUUUUUUUGACAUGUGCCAUGUAUAUUUGCCUUUGACCAUUCAAAUUGCCUGAUAGUCAUAUCCUU